AUUUCAACUUUUCGAGCGUAUCAAAUCUCCUACUUGUGUGCAAGAAAUAAAUUAUUGUUCACUUGACGAUGAACAACAUUCAAACGGUGAUGACCAACGUACGAGAUUCCGGAAAAUCAUUGAAAACGUGUGUAAAAGUGUUUCUUUGAAUUCCUGAAUUAAAACUGCAACAUGAAGCUUCAAAAUUUUCGGCUGUGGCUCUGUCGAUCAUUAUCACGAUGGCUCCCAAUACGCGUUUGGAUCUGCGUAAUGAUGUUCACCUGCUGCUGGACAAGCUACGCGUGUCGUUUGCAGAUGCCGAUUCUGGUGGUACCGAUGAUCUUCGAACCGCCAGUCAAUUACACGAAUGGCGGUGCAUGCGUGUUCGACGAAUCGCGACGACGUCGUGACGUUAUCAUUAAUCCACUUGAUCCUGCCAGCUACAUGGAACAAUACGUUCUAGAUCUUGUGCAGGAAGAACGGGAUAGAAAUCUAUUACAUUCGUUAGAACGUCGCCAAGCAGAGCCGGUCGUGACACGGCCGACGGAUGCACCCUUCACAUUUUUUAGCGGCCUACCAUUCGACUGGUCCCCAACAAUACGGGGCCAACUUUUGGCCAGCUACAGCUACGGCGUCGUGCCUGGCAACUUCAUCGGUGGCUGGUUAUCACUGAGAUAUGGACCGCGCCGCGCGAUUCUCUGGACGUCGAUUUUGGCCGCGUUAAUCUCGCUAAUUAGCCCGUUCCUAGCACAAUGUCACUGGGGUCUGCUAUUGUUCUCCAGGAUCAUCAUCGGUGUCACUGGCGGUGUCACUUUCCCCGCGUGUCAUACUAUGGUGGCAAAGUGGUCGCAUCCGAAUGAACGGGCGCGCAUGAUCUGGUCUUUGUUGGGUGGAACGUUUGGCACGAUAUUAACUUAUCCGAUGAUAGCCGGCAUCGCGGAGUCUGUGAAUUGGGAAUCCGGCUGGUAUAUACCAUCCCUGCUGAUGCUAGUGUGGACAGUAGUGUGGGCAUUGGUCGCUUACGACUCGCCAGUUGAACACCCGGGCAUCAGUGCCGAAGAGAAGGAUUACAUUUUAACCGGUCAAGCAGGAACGGUGCGCCCCGAGAAACCCCGAUGGAAACAGACUCCGAUGCGGCAGAUAUUAUUGUCGGUCCCAUUUAUCAGUCUAGUCAUAUGCCAUUUCGGAAAUCUCUUCUUGCUAUUCUUCUACCAAAACUCGCUCAUGCUAUAUUUGACCAAGGCGCUAGGAUUUCAAUUGACGAAAGGCGGUGCGGCGGCCGGCGCGCCGUGGGGUGGCAGGAUGCUAUUCGGAUUCUUUUUUAGUUGGGCGGGUGACACCAUCAAGAGAAAGAAGAUUAUUAGCAUCACUCUUUUGCGUAAACUCGCGACUAUAUUCUCACAUUUUAUACCGGGCGUUUUUCUGAUAUUGGUCGGCUAUGUCGGAUGCGAUUUUGUACUAGCAAACAUUUUUCUGUUCUUUGCACUGGGUUUCAACGGUGCUGCUCUUAUCUCUAAUCUGUCGAACAAUCAGGAUCUCGCACCAAAUUUUGCUGGUUUUCUUUACGGUAUCAUGAAUACAGUUGGUAGCACUUCCGGCAUGAUUAUUCCACCAAUAGUUGAAGAGAUAGCCGGCAAAUUUGGGAAUCCGAUCGACAGAUGGCAGAUACUCUUCUGGAUCGGCGCCGGGGUGAGUAUUGGGAGUAUGAUCGUGUUCCUGUUCGGAGGUAGCGGUAAUAUACAGAAAUGGAAUGAACUUCGACCGAUUGAGGAUCCAAAAGAAAAUGUAGGGGCUGGACAAACCAAAAUGGAGCCUAUUGACAGUACUGCGCGGACUUAAUCGAUGAUUUUUUCAAAUCUUUAUUUAACAAUAACAUGUGAACGUUACGAUAGAAAAGUUUAAUUAUUGACAAGAAUGUUCCUAAAUAGAGUACAGGAAACAUUCAAAAAAGACUGAAAAAUUAAAAAGUUCUUAAGAAAGGUUUAAAAGAAUUGAACUGAAGAUUAUUUCAGGAA